UUUGAAACUUGUAUCAAUUUUCACUCACAAUUGUCGUAUUUGUCUGGCAAGUUAUUACGAUUAAGUCAACAUUUUUUUCCAUCCUAGCAAUUUAUGUGUCCGUUACAAAUAAAUCACAAUGGUCCUUUUUUGUUGAUCACAAUGACGACUUUGCAUCCGUAAUCUACACACAUUAUCGCUUACAUUAUGGGAACAAGUCAAAUUCAAAAAAUUCUUCCGGUCCAAUUAAAAAAAACAUGUAUCUCAAUAAUAUCCGGACAGUUAUUAUCUAUACUGAUUGGUCUUACUGCAAUAUGUAAUGGUGUUCUUUCUAAAUAUUAUAUAAAUUUACCAUUAGCUAUAAAUUUUCCACAUUAUUUUUUAUUAUUAUUUUUCUAUGGAGUUCCUUAUCUUUGUUUUAAUCUAUUUAAGAAAUUAACUCACUCUAAUAAUAAUAACAAUAAUAAAAAUGAACCGAUUAGUAAUACUUUAAAUUACAAUAUCAAUGAUAGAACUAUUACAAAUUAUAAUAGUAAUCCUAUUAUUGACAAUGAACAAAUUAUUAUUUUACCUAAUUCUGAGAAAACUUUUAUGCAAUCAUUAUUAGUUCGUUUUAGCUUUUAUUCAUUAAUUGCUAUUAUUGAUGUUCAUGCUAAUUGGUCCAUUGUAACUGCAUAUGCGUAUACAAGUGUAACUAGUAUUCAGUCAUUAGAUUGUAUCACUAUACCAACAGUUGUAUUAUCAAGUUAUUUUUUUUUAUCUUAUCGCUAUUCAUGGAAUCAUUAUAUUGGAAUAAUUUCAUGUUUAAUUGGUGCUACUGGUAUGAUACUCACAGAUUAUUUUAUACAAUCAUCAAAUCAGAACAUUGUUCAUUAUGGCAAUACAAGUGAAAUCCAUUUGAAUCAAUUAUAUAAUAGCACUGUAAACAAUCAAUUAUUUACUGCAAAACAAAUUGUAUUCGGUGAUUUCUUAGUUAUUAUUGGAGCUAUUUCAUAUGGAUUAUCAAAUGUUCUACAACAAUAUCUUGUUCUAAAAUAUGGCAUUGUAGAAUUUCUUAGUUGUGUUGGUUUAACAGCAUCGAUUAUAACAUUAAUUUAUACUAUUUCAAUUGAGAAACAUUCAAUCAGCAUGAUGCUGUUUAAUGUUACGUCUAUAGAUUUAACAAAAGUUACUAGUUGUUUCAUUGGUUAUGCCUUGGCAAUGUUUCUAUUAUAUUCUUUAAUGCCAUUAAUUUUAAUGCGUUCAUCUGCUAUUCUAGUAAAUUUAUCAUUACUUACAUCCGAUGUUUAUGCUGUAUUGAUGGAUAUUUUUAUAUUUCAUCAUAGUUUUCAUUAUUUAUACAUUUUAUGUUUUCUAAUAAUUUUACUCGGCGUUGGUGUGUUCAAUGUAAAUGAACCAGUUAUUACUGAUAAAAAAGAUCACCAAUCGAAUUGUUUCCACUUGAUUUCACAGAAAACUAAAUUAUAAUCAACGAGUUAAUGAAAAUUUAAAAUUCUUUAUAUAUAUGGAUGAAUGAAUUGCUCUGUAUUAGUUAACAUAUCGAUAUGAAUUUCUGUGAUUGCGUAGAAUUAUUUGGUUUUUAUUAAACAUGAAUUAAUUAAAGUUUAUUCACUAUCUGAUUAAAGUUGUUCUCAUCACGUAAAACACUUAAAUUUCUUAAUGUAAGUACAUGUGCUGUUCCAACGUACUCGUGCAUAGAUUUUGUAAAACCAUUUUUUAUUGUGUCUAAUUAAUAUGUAAGGGUUUAAGCUAUUCUGUUGUUUAUAUUCUUGAUUGGAUUUUGAUCACUCUUAGUUGUCAUAUAUGCAUCCUGCGUGAAUUUUCUCGAUAUAGCUAUUUCAUGAAAAGUUUUACAGGAGGAAUGGAUAAAGCUUUCGGUGUUUAGACCGAAAUGCACCGCGUUCCAGUUUUUAUGUGAAAAUCAACACCGAAAUGCAGCUACAUCUAG